AUGUCAGACAGGAAAAAGAUAUCUGUGGAUUAUGCGGAGUCGAGCGACAGCGAUGAAGAGCAGACCCCGAUCGAAGAGAAAGUCGAUGUGAGCAGUUUUAGCAAGGAGGAGCUCGAAAGGCGAGAUCGGUUUUUGUUAAAUUGCGACCCUAAAGUCGCCAAAGAAAAUGACGUGGACGACUCGACGAAAAGGUUCAAAUAUUUGUUGGGGCUCACCGAUCUUUUCAGGUAUUUCAUCGAUAUCAACAUGUCCAAAGACGCCAAGUUUAAGAAGUUGAUAAAACUGAUUGACGGACAAAUCAAUUUUAGGCAGCCGGCGAAAAAACAGAAGAAGGCAAGAAGAAAAACCGAAAAGGAAGAAGACGCCGAGCUCCUCGAAGACGAGGAACACAUGGGUGACGAUAACGAACAAAGAACUGUCCUUACAGAGUCGCCGAGCUACAUUAAGGGUGGGAAGUUGCGAGAAUACCAGAUUCAGGGUCUCAACUGGCUCAUAUCCCUUUACGAGAAUAGGCUCAGUGGGAUUUUGGCCGACGAGAUGGGACUUGGAAAAACGUUGCAAACCAUUUCUUUCUUGGGUUACCUUCGCUACAUUAAGCACAUUGACGGGCCAUUCAUUGUGAUUGUUCCCAAAUCUACUCUUGAUAAUUGGAGACGUGAGUUUCAAAAGUGGACGCCCGAUGUAAAUGUGUUGGUGCUACAAGGAAAUAAGGAGGAACGUCAGAAGUUGAUCAAACUGCGAUUACUCACAGCAAAGUUUGAUGUAUUGGUGACGUCUUUUGAGAUGGUCAUCAGGGAGAAAGCACAGCUUAAGAAGUUCCGGUGGCAGUACGUUGUCGUGGAUGAGGCUCAUAGAAUCAAGAACGAAUCCAGCUCUCUUUCUCAGAUUAUCCGUUUAUUUUACUCAAAGAAUCGUCUUUUAAUCACAGGAACUCCUUUACAGAACAAUUUGCACGAGCUCUGGGCACUUUUGAAUUUCCUUUUGCCAGAUGUUUUCGGCGACUCGAAUGUUUUCGACGAAUGGUUUAAUAGCCAGGAGGAGACCGAAGGCGCCGAUCAAGAUAAAGUCGUGCAACAGCUACACAAAGUUUUGAGUCCGUUCUUGCUUAGAAGAGUGAAGGCUGAUGUGGAAAAAUCUCUUCUACCCAAGAUCGAAACAAACGUUUACAUUGGUAUGACCAACAUGCAAAUACUGUGGUACAAGAAGCUCCUUGAGAAGGAUAUUGACGCUGUGAAUGGUGUUGUUGGUAAGCGAGAGGGAAAAACUCGCUUGCUUAAUAUCGUGAUGCAAUUGAGAAAAUGCUGUAAUCAUCCUUACCUUUUUGACGGGGCAGAACCCGGCCCUCCCUACACAACAGAUGAACACCUCGUGUUCAACGCAGGUAAGAUGAUCAUUUUAGACAAGAUGUUAAAAAAGUUCAAAGCGGCAGGUUCGCGUGUAUUAAUUUUUUCUCAAAUGUCCAGAUUGCUUGAUAUCUUGGAGGACUAUUGCUUUUUCAGGGAGUACGAGUACUGUCGGAUUGAUGGUUCUACUUCCCAUGAAGAUCGAAUCGAGGCAAUUGAUGAAUACAAUGCCCCGGAUUCAAACAAAUUCAUUUUUCUAUUAACUACCAGAGCGGGUGGUUUAGGUAUCAACUUGACGUCUGCCGAUAUUGUCAUUUUGUAUGACUCUGAUUGGAACCCACAGGCUGAUUUGCAAGCCAUGGACAGAGCUCACAGAAUAGGUCAAAAGAAGCAAGUACAGGUUUUCAGAUUCGUUACCGAGAAUGCCAUAGAGGAAAAAGUCCUUGACAGAGCUGCCCAAAAAUUGAGACUCGAUCAAUUGGUCAUUCAACAGGGCAGACAAUCGUCUGGAAGCAGCAUAGGUAACACUACGGAUGACUUAUUGGGUAUGAUUCAGCAUGGUGCUAAGGAAGUCUUCGAAUCGAAGGGAUCAUCGAUGCUCGAUGACGAUGUCGAUGCCAUCUUGGCAAGAGGACGCGAAAAGACUGCGUCUCUCAAUGCAAAGUUUAAUAAGCUUGGUCUUGAUGACCUCCAAAACUUCACGUCAGAUGCUUCAGUAUACGAGUGGAAUGGUGAGAACUUUGCCAAGAAGACGAACGAAGGUUUGGGUCUCUCAUGGAUCAAUCCUUCAAAACGUGAGAGAAAAGAACAGACUUAUUCGGUCGACAGUUAUUACAAAGACAUGCUAAAGGCUCCUUCAGGAUACAACAAACUGGGUGCUCCUGUGAAAAUGAGGCAACCAAAGAUUUAUCAUUAUCAAGAUCAUCAAUUUUUUUCACCAAAGCUCCGUGAACUUCUAGAGCGAGAGCAACUUGCUUGGAAAAAAGCCACAAACUACCAGUACUCAAUCGACGACUUUGGUGACAGUGACGAGGAGUUCCUCAACGAUGAUGAAAAUGAAGGUCUUGAUCGUGAAGAGAAACUUGCACUCGAGCAGAAGCGCAUAGCAGAGGCAGAGCCCUUGACUGAAGAAGAAAUUGAAUUAAAAGAAAAGUUACUCGCCGAGAGUUUCCAUUCAUGGUCAAGACGAGACUUUACAAAUUUCAUACACGCGUCUGCAAAAUAUGGCAGACAUAAUGUCAAGCAAAUUGCUGAUUCUCUUUCAAGAGAUCUUGAUGAGAUUGAGCGGUAUGCUAAGAAGUUUUGGUCCAAUUACCAAGAGAUUGAAGGACAUGAGAAGUAUAUUGCGCAAGUGGAGGCAAGUGAAAGAAAAGCGACCAAGAUGCAAAAUCAGCAAAAGAUACUUGCUAGUAAAAUAGAGGAGGCAGAGGAUCCCCUUGAGGAGCUAAAAAUUCAAUACCCACCCAACAAUUCGAAGAGAAUUUACUCAAAGCUUGAAGAUCGUUUCAUUCUUUUUUGUGUAAACAAGCACGGCAUUUUCGCCGACAAGUUGGGAGAAAAAAUCAAAGAGGAGAUCCAAGAAAGUGAUCUUUUCAAGUUUGACUUCUAUAUGCUCUCUAGAACCCCACAAGAAAUCAGCAGAAGAGUCAAUACCUUGAUGCUAGCGCUCGCCAGAGAAAAUGACGGCGGUUCGGGAAAGAAAAAAGCCAAGCAAGCAAGCAUGACACCUAAUGGAAAUGUUAAGCAAGCAUCAGUAGAUCCUCAAACGCAAAAUGUUUCAGAUCUCCCCAAUGCCAAUGGAACUUCUAAGAAAAGAAAUGCAUCAGAAGAGCCAAAUGAGGCGUCAAAGAAGGUAAAAAUUGAAGCUGCUUAG